UCAGGCCGGCGCUUUAUAGGGGCAGCCUGGGCGGCUCCGCUCGCUGUUUUCCUCCUCUCCGGGCGUCGAGCUCACCUGCGCUUCGCGACGAUGCAGCUGAAACCCAUGGAGAUCAACCCCGAGAUGCUGAACAAAGUGCUGGCGCGCCUGGGGGUCGCCGGGCAGUGGCGCUUCGUGGACGUGCUGGGCUUGGAGGAGGACGGCCUGAGCGCGGUGCCCGCGCCGGCCUGCGCUCUGCUGCUGCUGUUUCCCCUCACUGCCCAGCAUGAGAACUUCAGGAAAAAACAGAUUGAAGAACUGAAGGGACAAGAAGUCAGUCCUAGAGUGUACUUCAUGAAGCAGACCAUUGGGAACUCCUGUGGUACCAUUGGACUUAUACAUGCAGUGGCCAAUAAUCAGGACAAACUGGAAUUUGAGGAUGGCUCAGUCCUGAAACAGUUUCUUUCUGAAACGGAGAAGUUAUCCCCUGAAGACAGAGCAAAAUGCUUUGAAAAGAAUGAGGCCAUUCAGGCAGCCCAUGACGCCGUGGCCCAGGAAGGCCACUGUCGGGUAGAUGACAAAGUGAACUUUCACUUUAUUCUGUUUAACAACGUGGAUGGCCACCUCUAUGAACUUGAUGGACGAAUGCCUUUCCCGGUGAACCAUGGCACUAGUGGAGAGGACUCGCUGCUGCAGGAUGCCGCCAAGGUCUGCAGAGAAUUCACUGAGCGUGAGCAAGGGGAAGUCCGCUUUUCUGCCGUGGCCCUCUGCAAGGCCGCCUAAUGCCCCGUGGGAAGGGACCAAGCACUUCUCCCCUCUUCCUUUCACCGUCUAAAUAUAUCCCUACCAGUGUAGUCUUAAAAUGCUUCAGUGUUGUAGAAAACGGCUGUUCUCCUUUGGUUCUGUAGCUAUACUCCCCCUCUCAACUACACCCAAGUGCUAGCAGAGCUCAGCUGUCAAUUGAGCAGUUCGGUGUAAGCUCAGAUGGCGAAGCAUUUCCCUCAUGUAUGUCUCGUACCUCAAUAUCUAAUGCUUUACAUGGCUACUUUGGUUUGUGUCUGUAAGCUAAGGCCUUGGAUGUGGUUUAAACUGUUUGUCCUUAUAAGGAAUAAAACUUUUCUGCUGAUCAGA